AGUGCCUAUUAUUCCUUUUGUGUGCCAAUUGAUAGGUGACUCUUUUGUGUUGUCCACUAACCAUGUGAAAGCAACAUAUACCUAACAUCUUCGUCGUUCCUCCCUCGGUCUCUUCCAUCAGUUUUAACGGAACGGUGCCUUUUUGUUUCCAUUGAGAAAACCUCAAUUGAUUCCAUAAAUUAGAGUUGUUUCUGGGUUAAUGUUUAUGUUGGAAGUUGGAACUUUUCUAAAUGGUAUCAAAAAUCUGUUUAAGAGAUUAAAUCUGCAUAGGAUUGGAAGAAUUGUCUCAAUUAGACAUAAAUAGAAGUUGUUUAAUAACUGACGGGAAUAUGAUAUGCAUGAAUCCUCGUUAAAUUAGUGUUUAAUUCAAUGUUUCUGGAUAUAACAACUCGUUUACAUUCUGAUUUGUUGUUUAGGAAAUAAUGCUUUGAAAAAGGUCUUGCACUAUCUGUACAAAAUAAUUACAGGACAGUUAUGGUUGUUUUUGACAAACAUAUUUAAGUCUAAUGGUCGCAUCACACUGAUUUUUAGUUUCACAUUACAAUAAUUCUCAAACAAACAACCUGCUAAAUAAGGGUAAAAUGGUCAUUUUCUCUUAUUCGAAUGGUUCAUUUAAUCCAAAAUACAAAAACAAUUAGCGUUAUUUUAUCCAAUACAUUCUCUGGAGAUUCAUCAUUUAUCACUCAGCACUUAGGCCCUUAGGGGCUGAUUCUUUAUGACUUAAUAGGCUUAAUAAAUUAAGCCCUUGAUCUGGAAAGCUAACUAUAUAUGGUUGUUUCUUUUUGACAUAACAUAUUAAGCCAAAAGACACAUAAUGUUUCCAGGCACUAAUUCAUUACCUAUUUACCAUUUGUGCUUUUUCCUAAAUGAUUUGUGUAUUUGAUUUUGUUAGUUUGUUUUUUGGGAUUUGUAUGACAUAAGAUGAGGACCAAAAGAUAUCACAAGAUGAAAAUAAUGCUUCCAUAUUGAUAAAAAUAAAAGGAAAAAAAAGACUUUGUUCCUACUAUUUAAAAAAAAAAAAACAGAAUUUAUUAUUUUUUAGGCCUGUAGUUGACGCCAUCCACUUAAAUCCUUCAUUUUCAAAGUUGGCACUAUAUAAACUUGCAUAGGGCAUCUUCAAAUUUUCAUUAAUACAAACAAAAAAAAUCACCAAUUAAGAUUUGCAUUUACAUCAUGCAUCCUUGUGUUUUUAUGAUAUUCUCACUUCUCUUGCUAUGUCUUGAGACUGCAGCUGCCAACCAAUUGGCAGCAGUGGGAGGAGGAGAUGAAAAUGUUGUUGGGAAGAAGUGUUUUGAGAAGGAGAAAUAUUCUCUCCUUCAUUUCAAAUCUCUCCUUCAAGACCCUUCUGAUCGUCUCUCUAUGUGGACAGCUGAACAAGACAACUGCUGUCAAUGGAGUGGAGUAACAUGCAACAACCAAACAGGUGGUCAUGUCACAGAGCUUGAUCUGAUGUCCUGUGGUCUUGUAGGUGAGAUUAGCCAUUCAUUGGUUAACUUAACCUACUUGAAUUAUCUUGAUCUUUCCUACAAUUCUUUUCAUGGAACCAUUCCUGCGAUCAUUGGUUCGUUGACUCAAUUAAGGUCCCUUCACCUUGGCUUCAAUAAUCUUAAUGGAACCAUUCCCAUGUCCAUCGGUUCCUUGACAGAAUUAAAAUACCUUGACCUUUCAUCUAAUUCUCUUUAUGGAGCCAUUCCUCCAGAGUUUGGAAACCUCACCAACUUGCAAGUGCUUUACCUUGUCGAGGUUGGAAGGUGUAGAGUUGAGAACCUAGACUGGUUGUCUCCUCUAUCUCAUCUGGAGGGACUUGCAAUGGAUGGGAUUUCACUGGCCAAAACAAAUCAUUGGGUAGAUGUUAUUCUCAGUCUCCGUAAACUCUCUGUUUUAAGUUUAUCGGGAUGUGAGCUGUCACAGGUCAUUUAUCCAUAUUCUUCACAAAUUAUCAACUCUUCUUCCUCAUCUAUUAAAUACCUUAUUCUUGGAGACAACAAUCUCACCUCGUCCAUGUAUCAUUGGUUGUUCCCAUUAACCAGCAAUAGCCUAGUCCGAUUUUAUCUCUCUGGCAACAUGUUAGAUGGGAUACCCAAAUAUCUUGGUAACCUCUGUAGUUUGGAACGUUUUUACUUCUAUAACAACUCUGGUGUUAUCAAAUUUCCUGAUUUUCUCAACAACUUGUCUGGAUGCACAUCGCUUUCAUUACAAUGGUUGUAUGCUCCAACAAACCAAUUUACAUGGUCAUUGCCUGAUGACAUCCAAAAGUUCACAUCCCUAACGUCUCUGUCCCAUUCUGAGAAUCAGCUAAAAGGAACUAUAAGUAAGAAACUGUGGGAACUGCCCAAGCUUAUACAUCUUGAUCUUUCCGAAAACUCACUCCAUGAAUUUCCUGCCUCAGAUUACAUGUCAAACCGUUCUCAUAUAGAAUCUAUUCAACUAAGCUCUUGCAAACUAGGGCCUCUCUUCCCCAAAUGGAUUCAAAAUUUGAAAAAUCUUACCAGUAUUGAUAUUGCAAAUAAUGGCAUUUCAGAUACUAUUCCUCUUGAGUUUUGGGACUCAUGGCCUUCCCGGUUAACAUUCCUGAAUCUUUCUUCCAACAACAUAAGUGGCAAACUACCAGAUCUGUCAUCAAAUUUUGACAGCAAUUCAGUGAUAGAUUUAAGCUCCAACAGCUUUGACGGUCCAAUAACUAAUGUCUCUUCCACUGUGGCAUUACUAAAUCUUUCCAGAAACAAAUUCUCUGGAGGAAUCUCCUUCUUAUGCCAAGUUGUCCAUGGCUUUUUAGUUAUUCUUGACCUCUCCCAUAACUUUCUAAGCGGACAACUUCCAGAUUGUUUGUGGCAUUUCAAAGAACUACAAGUUCUUAAUUUAGAACACAAUAAUCUUUCUGGAAGGCUUCCUGCCUCUCUUGGAUCUAUGAUUAAGCUAGAGGCGUUGGAUUUAUACAAGAAUGAUUUCUCCGAAGAAUUUCCUUUGUCUGUUAAGAAUUGCACAAGCUUAAAAUCAUUGAAUUUGGGGGCGAACAAGUUUUCUGGUAAUUUGCCUGUUUGGAUUGGGGAAAGCUUAUCUGGGUUGUAUGUUCUUAUGUUAAGAUCAAACAACUUCUCUGGAAGCAUCCCUUUACAAUUAUGUCAAUUAGUAAGUCUUCAAAUUCUAGACUUGUCCGUGAACCAUUUACAUGGAAGCAUCCCCUCAUGUUUGAGUAAUCUUACGAUCAUGGUGCAACAAGGAUUCUCUCAACUACAGAAUUUAGAUCCUGACGAUAUAUUAAUAAUAUAUUCAUAUAAUGUUGACCAUGUGAUGAUCCAGUGGCAAGGAAGUGAACGUGAAUUCAUCAGAAGUAAUAUGAAGUUGUUGAGGAGCAUCGACCUGUCAAGCAACAACUUAUCAGGGGAAAUCCCAUAUCAGAUUACCAAUCUUGAUCAACUGAUUGCACUCAACUUAUCUAAGAACGCUCUACUAGGAAAGAUUCCAUGGAAAAUCGGUCAGAUGAAAAACCUUUUAAUUUUGGAUUUAUCUAGAAACAAUUUUUCUGGAGAAAUACCAUCAACCAUGUCUCAAAUGACUUGGCUAAAUUACCUAGACGUCUCAGAUAAUAGCUUGUCAGGGAGAAUCCCAUCCAGCACACAACUUCAGACCUUUGACCCUUCAAGAUACGAAGGGAACUUAGGGCUUUGUGGACCUCCCCUUACCAAAAAAUGUCCUGGAGAUGAAGAAUCGGGAAUACAACACAUCAUUGGUGAAAGUGAGGGUGAAGGUAUAGACGAACUUCAAGGUUGGUUCUAUAUUGGUGGGGCCAUUGGUUUCACUGUUGGAUUUUGCAUAGCAUGUGGUGCUUUGCUUCUCAACCGUCGUGGAAGAUUUGCUUUUUUUAUGUUUCUUGAUAUCUUCGAAGAUUGGGUUUAUGUGAAGGUGGUCGUGUUAAUUGCAAAUUUGCAAAAAAGACGAACAUAGAUAGUCAUGUAAAACCAUGUUUCAUUUUUGUAUUUCUCAUUGGUUUUUAAGUCCCACUUAUCAAUAAAACUGCAACCAACACCACGGGUGGUCAUUUUUGACCGUUGUGUGAAAUAA